AUGGCUGCUAAAAGUAUUGAGGAGAUCCGAUGUCAUUCACCCGCACCAUCGGGUCUGGGGCAGCACAUCGGCAAUCCUUCCCCUCUCGCUAUGGGCACGUUUGCAACCACACUGUUGACACUAUCCUUAUCCAUGAUGGGCUUCCGCGGAGUUGAGACUCAGACUAUCUUCAUUGGUAACCUGUGCUUUGCUGCUGGUCUAUGCAUGUUUGUAUCUGCUCAAUGGGAGAUGGCUCGCGGCAACACAUUUGGCUAUUCUGCACUGAGUGCCUAUGCCGUAUUCUAUGGUGGAUACGGGGUCAUCCUCUGCCCAUCACUAGGAGUUCUUGAAUCCUAUGGGGGAGCAACUCCUGAAUACCACAACGCUCUUGGAUUUUACGUUCUUAUCUGGGCAGUCCUCACUCUAUUCUUCAUGCUGGGAUCAGCACCCAUUAACCUUGUUUCGUUUGGCAUCUUCACAACAAUCUUCUUCUGUUUCACACUUGACGCAGCCUCAAACUUUGCUCAUGCUGACGGAAAGCUCGAGGUGGCCAAGGGUUUGAUGAAGGCUGCUGGCGUCUUUGGGUUCAUCUCGGGUCUGUUGGGAUAUUACAGCUGUGCGGCCUCAAUGUGUGCCGAUGCGCUCCCAUUUGAGCUGCCUUGUGGUGAUACUUCGAGGUUCUUCAAGAAGAACAGGAAGCAGUUAUAG